AUGGCGCUCCAACUUAUCCGCUUUACCAUUCUAGCGGCUGCUCAAGGUCUUGUGGAAGUACCUUACAUUCUCACCCAAACCAUCCUCUAUGGUGUCAUCACAUACUUCACCAUUGGUUUUGAAAGAACACUCAGCAAGUUUGUAUUGUAUCUGGUGUUCAUGUUCCUCACCUUCACCUACUUCACCUUUUAUGGCAUGAUGGCGGUUGGUUUCACCCCGAAUCAGCACUUAGCCGCGGUUAUCUCAUCUGCGUUCUACUCUCUCUGGAAUCUCCUCUCUGGUUUCCUCGUCCAAAAACCAUUGAUUCCAGUGUGGUGGAUAUGGUUCUAUUACAUAUGUCCAGUGGCGUGGACACUUCAAGGAGUGAUCCUUUCACAGCUUGGAGACGUGGAGAGCAUCAUAGACGAGCCAACGUUCCAUGGCACGGUGAAGGAGUUCAUUGAACUUUACUUCGGCUACAAGCCAGAUAUGAUCGGUGUAUCUGCAGCUGUUCUCGUCUGUUUUUGCGCUCUCUUCUUCUCUUGCUUUGCACUUUCAAUCAAGUACCUCAAUUUCCAGAGAAGAUAGAAGUCCUCCUAUGUUAUAUCACUUUCAUAUUUUUGGCCUGCCUUUUUCACUGGUGUUCCGUUCUACGAGUAGUAGUUAGGAUUUUUUUAUGUUUACCACAGAGAGACCUAUAGUUAGCUUUUCUUGACAUUGACGAAAAAAACAAACCAAGUGCUCCUA